AGUCUCGGAACGGCUCGCGCAUGCGCGAGGGCGACCAGCGCGCCCUGCGGCUCCUCGCGUUGCCCCUGGAAACCACACAGUGCUGUAGCUACCAGAGCAGGGGAAGGACAUGACGAUUCAAGAUGGCGAAGGACCUGGACGAGCUCUUGGAUGAGGUCGAGUCCAAGUUUUGCAGACCAGACCCACUGAGACUGGGUAUGGUCGAACGGCCCAGAGGCGGAGGCGGUGGCGGCGGCAUCCUCAGCAACGACCGGAACCGAGCCGAGGCGAAAGAGAAUCUCAGAUCAACAGAAACAUUUAAAAAAGAGCAUGAUCUUGACAGUCUUAUUAACGAAAUAUUUGAAGAGCCCAACUUUGACAAAAAACGCUUUAAAUUAAAAUCUAAAUCUUCAGGUAACACAUCUGUCAGAGCUUCCUUUCAAGGCCUUGGUAAGAGCUGCAACCCAGUAUACCUUGGUGGAAGCGCUAUUCCGUGUGGGAUUGGGACAAAUACUUCACAGAGAGCAUGUGACCAUCUGCGUUGUAUAGCCUGUGAUUUCUGGGUAGUAAGCUACGAUGACUAUGGGUGGGACAAAUCAUGUGAUUAUCUGUUUUUCAGGAACAAUAUGCCAGAAUUCCACAAAUUAAAACCAAAGUUGGUAAAGAAGAAAGGAACACGGGCAUACGCCUGCCAGUGCAGCUGGAGAACUGUUGGAGAGCUGACUGACCUUCAGACGGAUCAUCACCUUCGCUGGGUUUGCGGUAAACACUAGGAAUGCAGACUUUCCACAUUCAGACAAAUGCAUCCAUGAGAACAGUCUCUAUUAAUUGUCACAGUAUUUAGGUAAAGGUACAUAGUAUCAUGCCCUUUGGAAAAGACAGGAAGUUUCAUUUAAUGGCUGUACAAAUUUUCAAAGACCAAAUGGACUUGGGAAGAUAAUGUGCUUUAACAUUUUGGAAUUAUUCCUUUUUGAUAUAUGGACACUUCACUUAGUAAGUAAGGCAACAAGUUAUCCAAAUACUUCUUUGCUAGCCUGUCCCCUGUUAAAUAGAAAUUGAAUUGUGGAGUUUCAUACAAAUAUAUAGCCAUUCAGUAGCAACUGCAGUACUACUGACUGCUAAUAUACUUAGCAUAAACAUUCCUCGUUACAGCAGUUAAAGGGGAUAAAGCUGGCCCUGCAGAGAGGUCAUUGGGGGGUGUACACGUCACCUCUUCCAGUCAGAUCUGUUGUUAGCAAAGAUCAUAACUUAGACAUGUUAGAAACCAUGUGAUCAGUGGCUAAUUGAAGGGUUUUCGGGAGUCUGGGUAUAUUGUAGGUGAAAACACUGCCUGUAUCUGAUCUAACUUCACCAAUUCAAAGCAAUACUAUGCACAGUAGUAAGUAUAUAUUACCAGUUUUAGCUUAUUUCUCCUCCUUUUGUUCAUUUAGAUAUCAGAAGUUAUUUAGUUUGCUCUUUUAGCAAGUAUUCAUUUCUAUAUAAAAGUGGGGUUUUUUGAUGCACCCAAAAGUACAAGGAAAAAUCCUAAUACAGACAGGUCAUUUUUGGAUUUUCCAAGUACCUUCUUGCCUUUAAUGCCCUAAAACUCCAUUAAGUAAAGAGAACAGCAAGUAAGGUAUUUUCUCAGGCAGCCUGUUGAUUUUUCUGGUAGGAUCAGGUUGACAUGCUGUUUAUUGGUGAGUACAUGAAAAAAGAAAGCAUAGCUGAACCAACAGGUAACCUGUUGGGCUCCUUCUUAAUGUGACUAAGACUUGAGGAGCCCUACAAUAGCAGCACAUUCAGAAAAUCGGCUACCUCAAAAUUACCAGCUCGCAGCCCCAUCAAGAGAUUCCAAUUUGCCAGAAGCUCUUUACCGCAUGUGUCUAAUAUAUUGUUCAAAUGCGUGAUACAAGACUUGCUGAAAGGGAGGAACUGAAGCAAAGUUAUGAUCUGUGUAGUCUUAUACUGAAUCUGUUCCAGCCAUUUUACUCAAGCAAAGAAAGAUCUGGUCAUUAAACUCCUUCUCCUAACCGUGACACAUUUGCAUAUGUGUAUCAGUUGCUCCAGUAAGUCUAGUAUUCCAACAGGAUAAAUCUCAUUGUGGCAGAUGCUCACAUUUUUGUAUUAAGAAUAUGUUUACCAAUCUUAUCUUUCAAUAAAAAUUUUUUACCCCCUAAAAUUUUAUCUCAGUGUA